UGCUUCCUUUUCGAUCGUUUUCUUCAACCUGUCGCGAAAGGGAGUAAUAAAGGUGCCGCCUUUGCCCUGUAUCAGUACAUUUUACACAUAUCGUCCGGCUGCGGAACAUAUCCCGUACAAGUGCUGUGAUUGUCGAAUGGUGAAAUGUCAGAAGAAGAAGAUUCGGUGCAUUUUUUUGUUGGUUACCCCGUAGCCCGUUGUUGUUUGUCGGAUGGAAAAGUUUAAUCAAAGUUUGCAAAACAAGAAAAAAAAUCGCAAAAGUGUAUAGUGUCCUUGGAAAGUGAAGAUGCAGUAAAAGAUUACACUGAGCAUUAUUGCAUCGUUCUGAAGCUGAUAAAAAAGAAAUCCUAAUUGUAUAAAACAUAGCCCUAACAAACGCACGAUCGAAGUCACCGGUGGGUGUGGUGCGGGUGUAUAUGUGUGUGGGUGCGUGUGUGCAAAACAAAUGUGUACAGAGUGUGGCGGGAAAAGAAGUGCAAAGCUCUCGUGUGUUAUGCACACUUUGUUAUGGUUGAAGUUUUUGGGUGGGGAAGCUUACCCAUCAUCUCGCCAUAACAAAAAAACGGUUUACGUUGUUGCGCGUUUUUUUUGUUUUCGUUGUUGUUUGUACUUGUUUGUGGCUCUGCAGGUUUCAUUCUAAUCCCUUCAUCUUGCUUCAUCUCCAACUCUGUUCGCACAAACACGCACACACACACAACGUGGAUGAUGCUUUUAAAAAAAGGAGGCCACUAACAUCGCAAAGACCGUUUUGCCCAAGCUUCAUCCACGUCAAGAGGGUUUGGUGCUGGUAACAGCGAGCAGAAAAAUAAGCAACCUGUGCCUACUACCGUGUGUGCAUUCAGAGUAGACCGACAUUUUCUUGGCGUGUGUCGUCGUCGUCGUCGUCGUGCAGCCCUUGUUUUUCGCCGGUUUGGCGCAAAGAGUGAAGCCGCAGCCGUGUGUACGGAGGAGAACGUUUUUUUUUUAUUCUUUUAGAAAAGCAAGCAAGAAGAGCCUUCCUAGGCCGUACCCGAGGCACGACUCGGCAAAGCUUUCUGCAUGUAUGGAAACCAGAGGGAAGCCAUGGCAACGGUGUUUGUCGACGGUGGUCUGCUGCUUUCCGGUUUUUGUUUUUCGUUUGCUUUUCGUUCGUUCGGCGUUUUCGGUGGCUGUGGCUGGACGGAAGAGCAGUGCAAGGGGCAGCUUGGCUGGUUGGAAAUCACGUUUCUGCUUUGUUGUGGCUGUCGCUCUGUGUAGCUGUUACCUUUCACGAGCACACGUACACUUCGGUACGCUUUUUGGUCCGGUGGUCAGUUAGUUUUGUGAGGAUGUGGCCGUGUGUUUUCGACAUGCAGUCCGACUACGGGCGCUUGGAUGCUGCAUGUUUCUGGUUGCGAGAGCACGAAUACUUCUUGGUGGUGGUAUACAAUCGUAUUGCACGUAAACAGUUUGCUGCAACAUGUGUGUGGCAUACAUGUGACAAAAUGCAAGAAUGUGCCGUGUGUGCAAGAAUAAAAAAGGGCAAAGCAUAAAACAAAGGAACAGGAAAGAAAAACCGAAAGCUCACGGUCAUGAAAGAUUGCAGCAGCAGGAAGUGCGUUAAAGUGCCGCUGGUAGAGACAAAGAGGCAUGAGAAUCGGUUGCUGCAAAGCUGCAACAAAACACAACAAAUCCUCAUCAUCAGCUGCUUGGUGGUGGUGACGCAUUACCUGACCGUGUUGCUCCUUGUGUUAGUGCGAACAUACCAUAGGAUGAGCAGAACAAAUCAACCCAAAAAGCAAAACAGUGCCAGAGAGCUUGGGAAAGAGCGAACAGCGAACGCAAAAUAUUAAAUCAAAAGAACGCAUACUAAAAGAGAAAAUACUCAAUACGGAGGUUAGAAACGAAAGAGCAAAAACAAAAAAAGAACAAAAAUUAAUACUACACACGCAAACAAGAGCACACGAAAGAGCAUCAAAGACAAAGCGGAGAAGCGAACGAAACGAGCUUACAGCAUCUACAAUCGCCUUCAGCAGCAGCUUAGCAGCAGUGCUCCGAAUGUAAAAGCUCACCGUUUUUUUUUCUUGCGAGAAUGUUGCAAAAAUUCCUUCGCAACACUAGAUCUAUUUUAGAUUAAUCUUCUUUCGGGUUUUUGCCUGUUUGUUCUUCUGCUUUGCUUAUUGCCGGGUCUAUUCCUCACGUUUCGGUAACAGCUAUGCCGGGCGUUAUUUACAAUGAGUCGAGAAGAUUUCCUUCGGUAAGGGAUGUCUAGGAUUGUGCAGCUCUUUAUUGCCCUGCGGAAUGGGAAAGAAAAACCGGUCUUGGGUUGCACCGGUGCUUGUCUGCAAACGGCACAAGCAGAGAAUGUUGUCAUUCUAGCGUUGGCCUUAAUUUUUCCCACACGACUGUGUAAUUAUUCUUUGAGGCUUUAAAUGAGUUUUCCCAAACACCGGACUCGGGUGUCUUUCACCAGAAGGACAUUUAUCGGGAUUUAAAGCCAUUGUGUGCGCUGUGUUUGAAUGCCAAAUCGGAUUGUGGCUAUUAAACCUUAAUGGAAUGAAUAGAACAAGGUGUAUUCAUUCAGGGUUGUGUCGCAUCCACUCGGUGUACUGAGAGCAGAGCAAUGUUUUUGGAGGAAGCGAUUACUUGGAGCAUCGAAACGCGAAGGUUGGAUCAGAUCUGUCGUUUGAAUCUUCUGCCAAUGUUGUGGCUAAAGGAGAACUACACAAGCGAAGCAAAAAAGUCGUUCCUCCCGCUCCGAUGGAACCGGCACUGUAGUUCUUUUUUUAUCGGCAAAAAUACUGAGCAAUAAGAGGACUCUCCUCCGCCUUACUGCAUUGAUCGCCGUUGGUAAUUGUACCAGUUCUGGGUCGCAUCGUUCGUCUUGUUGGAGCGCUGGCAUGGUGGGAAUGGAACCGAAGGAGGAAAAACGUUGCACAGCAAGCAAACAUUCCAUUGCGCGCGGCUAACUACUUCACGGGAUUGUGGGAGACUUUCAUAGCUUCCUGCAGCCAAGUCAAGCAUAAACGUAAGGCCACUAAGUAAGCGACACUGCUUACGGAGUGCGAAGCAAUAACGCGAACCGAAGAACCGGAGCGAGCUGGGUGUGUGUAAAAUGCAUAAGGAAAGCAUCGUAAACGUCGCAUCGAAGACUCGGGGAAGAGUCCUUGGCAGUGUGGAAUGCGGUUUUGUGUAAUGUAGAGCAGGUCUACAGAUCCGGUGAAAACCGGAGGUGCACGUGAAGCUUUUUUUUUGCGUAAGUGCUGUGGGUGUGUGUGAGUGUGUUAAAUUAAAGUGCUUGAAUGUGAGAGAGAGUGUGUGUGUGUGAGGGGGUAAAAAAGUGUACGGUCAUUACUUCCCACGCGCGUAUGGAAGUGUGGCGAAGGUUUGGUGCAGAGUGAACGAAACCGGCGUGUGUACGGGAAAGCUUAUCACAACAUAAAAAAGCCAGUCAUUUUCCGUUUGGUUUGUGUUGUUGUUGCUCUACCCGCUUAACCCCGGAAGUGAGGUUAAUUGAGUGAGUGUGUGCAUCUUUUUUGUUGCCGGUGAAAAUUCACCUACCGGAAGUUGGUAAGGUAAAGGGGAGGUGAUAGAAGCAUACACACAUACACAGGUAGGGGAAGGUACUGGUCGAAGGGAUGGCGGUAAGCAACAUCGUGUGCGAGUGGUUGCGCGCCCUCGGGCUCGGCCAGUACGCGGAAAGCUUCCUCGACAAUGGAUACGACGAUCUGGAGAUCUGCAAGCAGGUUGGCGAUCCCGAUCUGGACGCGAUCGGUGUACAGAACCCGGCCCACCGGAGCAAGCUGCUCAAGAGUGUACGGUUGCUGCGCGAGAAAGGUGCGGCCAGCGUUUACUUUCAGCUGAACGAUCCAAAAUCGCUGCUGUCGGACAACAGUGACAGCUUGGAGCGGGACAGUUCACCAUUGAUGCUGAGCGAACUGGAGGCAUUGUUGCAGGAGCAGCUAAAGGCAGACGGCGUAUGCCUGACGGCACAUCCGUACUCGACACCGGACGGUACACGAGGCCACCUGGAGGGUCUUGCAUCUGUGUACUGUGAAAUGUUGCUGGCCCCAUUCGGUGAGGUCCUUUCCGCGCUGGAAGAAGCCCGACAGCGUGCCUGGUCGGAACGGAGUCCACACAGUUCGUCCGGUGGUGGCGGUGGAUUGAUACGGGGUCACCGUGGUAAUUCGUGUCACGGCGGUUUGCCCAACAGCCACAGCCAGCCAAUCUACGUGCCAGGCAAAUAUUCGCCCUCCAGCUGUUUGUCCGAUAAGGAGGAGGACGAAAUUUAUGGAUUCGGGUACGGUGUGUUCGCUCCCAGGGUGGCCAGAACGACCCUUCAGUCACAGCAAGCGCAACAAGGGCAGCAACAGCCACAACAACAGCAGCAACAACAGCAACAACCCCAGCCACAACAAUCACAAACCUCCGCCAAUGUACCUGCCAACAGUGCUGCUGUUCAGCAAAGCUGCCUCAGCCCACGCUCAGCGUACUUUUACGAAUUUCCACCAACGGACGGUCGAGAAACCAGCAAAAAGCGGACGACCCUGGCGAGGCUCUUGAGAGGACUAAAGACUGUAAAUAGGCGUGAUAGAUCGAAUCAAAACACCACCGGCGGCACUGCAACGCAGUCAAGGUCACAUAACGAAAGACUGAGACACUUCCAAAUGAAUGGCGGUGGACCGCAGCCAAGUUUCGAAGAAACCAUACAGAGGCUAAAAAUACAGGAAGCACUUCGGAAGAAGGAAAAAUUUCAACGCGAACACGAAGAGAUACUACGAGACAUUCGGCAAGGUUUGCUGCAGCUGAGCAGAGACUCGAGAGACGACACGUACAUGUACGACGAUGCGGUAACGAAUGUGAUGCGAAUGCCUCAUCACCAAGGUCACUGGUACGAUGAGCCACCGUACGAGAGCGAUCCGGACGACUUCCUGAUGUCCGGCAUGCGACAGAUCGGUGCCGCCGGAUACGCGGGCGAUGGUGGAGGAGGCGGUGGUGGUGAUAGUGGCGGAGGACCAAGUGCUACCAUACAGGGUGGCCGCGUCUGCUACACCACGAACGGGAGGGAAGGACAGAGUGUGAUAUCGUUGCGUUCCGCGGGCGACAUUUCCAUACCGCAGCGGGGUCCCCGGCGGGGCCUAAUUGUACCCCAGCAGCCACCAAACCCUCCAACCAUUAUACCCCUCAAGCAUGCCCGAUCGCACGAUCGGGAAAGUGGAGAUUAUGCCGGUUCAAUAUCGGAUCUACACAGCGUUACCUCCCGGUUAAGUCAAGUUUCGAUCGGUAUGAAUAACUGUACGGCCCGCUAUCGAACACUGAGUGCCGGUCUGGGUGACGAAUCACCAUCACCAUCGCCCACCCCAUCGUCCGAGUAUGAUGACAUCCUGCAAGCGAACGCACUGCAGCUCCAGAAGCAUCUGCAUCACCAGCAGCUGAAGCGGCUGGAUGGACCGUGUGUUGGUGGUGCUGGUGGCAUUUCGGGGCAACCGGGGUCAACAUCCGGACACAUCGGCAGUGCGGCAUCGCUGGUGACGGCAGGAUCGUCAGCAGCAGCAGCAGCUGCAUCAGUUGGCAUUGGUUCGGUGGGAAACACAUCCGGCACCGUUGGUGGUAGUAUAGCACUCGCAUCCGGUGGUGCAUCCGGUGCCAAUCUGCCAACCAUUCUCGGCAGCGCGGUCGGCGGUAUUGGGGUGGACAUGAGUAGCGCUAGCACAAGCAACAGUACCACCACCACUAAUGGCAGCGGCAACAGUAGCAGCAGUGCGAGCAGCAACAACAGCACCAGUACAAAAAAUACCGUCAACAAUCUGAAAAGCCUCAAGGCGGCCAAAAACCGGAACAAUCUAUCGUCGUCACUGGCGGCAGCCGCAUCGUCAGUGGCGGUUUCGCACAACAAUAAAAAUUUAAGCAUAAGUCAACAGAUAGCUUUAGUACAUCACUCAAAUGACGCUCGAACAUCGCCAAAGGAUCAUCUACUAUUCGGUGGAACGGAUCGCAACAAUCGUGACUACAGCAACUGCUUGGAUAGCAUCAGUGACCAAACGUUCCAACAUUCGGCCAGUUCGGUCGAAAGUUUACCGAGUGCAUCCGGCUCAAGCACUCAAGCCCUGGUCCGUCCGGGCAGUCCUCAUAGUUCCCUGUCGGCGGAGGAUCGCACCACAAUGUUACCGAUCUGCAGAGCGAUCGCCCUCGUCGAUAGUUGCCCGAGUCCGUACGACAAAGAAGCGCUACGGUUUAAGAAAGGAGACAUUAUAGACGUACUGUCCAUGAAUGCGUCCGGUGUAUGGCGAGGCUAUGCGAACGGUCGGUUAGGACACUUUAAGUUCAUUAGCGUCGAGGUUCUGCCCGAUCUACCCACAACGGGAUUGAAAGGUUAUGGUGGAAAGCUGGUCAGCCGGCAUCGUUUACCAACGAGCUGUCCGACGAGUGUCGAGGAGCUGCUGCUUCGGAUCGGUCUGAAGGAAUAUACAUCCGUGUUUGUGCUCAAUGGGUACGAAGAUUUGGAACUGUUCAAAGAGUUGGAACCGUCCGAUUUAGAUUACCUCGGUAUUGGAAAUACGGAACAUCGGGCAAAGAUACUGGCCGCCGUUCAGCUUCUGCACGAUUUGGACUCAACGUCCGACGGUGAUGUGGCCGGUUCUAGCUCGGAAAACGAUGAAGGCCUGCGGUUGAACCACGUCAACUGUUCCAGCGGUCUCGGCGGUGGACUGAGCGGUGGUAGUGGCAGUACGACGCGCAGUAGCGGAGACCACCAAACGUCACCGUUUGGCCGAAGGCACUUUCCACGCGAUUCCGGUUGCUACGAAGGAUCGCCUGUUCCGUCAUCGCAAGGUUCGCACAAUCCGCACAAUUCCUACCAGCAGCAGCUGCACCAUCUUCAGCAGCAGCAGCAGCAGCAGCAACAUUCGCACAACAACGGUCAACCGAUGCAGCAGCAGACGCAACAGCAGCAGCAACAACAUGCCGGCAUGGCCACACUAAUGACCGCGCAUCAUCAUCACCACCACCAUCAUCAUCUGUCCGACAAUGAAACGAACAACCUGGACUCGGUCGUUGCCCAGUGCUCGAAUGAAAUACUGAAGCGGGUUGAGUCGGCACGCCGCUUCAACGGUACGACCGAGCGCGGUUCGUCCAAAACGAUGAACAGCCGCACGAUGGCGAAAAAGGGUGGCCUGUUGGGUGGGGGUGGUAGUGAUGGUGGGGGCGGGAUGGUGAUGGUCGGUGGUGUUGGUGUUACGGGGGGUAGUAGCGGUGGUGCGCUCAGUGAAAAGUCGAGCGAUUCCGGUGUCAGCAGUAGCAGCCUGUCGUCCGGUCCGGCCAAGGGUAGCGGUGGUCUCUAGCGGCGUACGACGAUGAUGACCACGUACGAAGAUGCGACGGUGCGGAUGCUUUCGUGCUGUCCCUCGUUGUUACCACCGGAUCUGUUCGAAGGUACGGAACGUACGCUAACGUCCGGCAUCGAACGGUAAGUGUGUGGUGAGAUUGUGAUUGUGUGAUAGCUGAGAUAUCUUGCACCGAACAAGGUAAAAUGCUACAAAAACCACACACGCCAUUAUUGUGCAAAAGGAAGCAAUACUGCGCACAAAACCCUUAGUUCCAAGUUAUUCUUAGUAUGAUAAGUUCUCGGCGAAUUAUGCGGGGAAAAGUGUGCAGAAAACCGUGCAGUGAUUUUACCGGGAACAUCAAUACACUUCUACACUGCCAACUGGAUGUGCAUAGAAUGAGUUUUUUUGUUGUUGUCCGGAAUGGUGGAUUAGUUGUGCUUUUUGGGCGUUGACAAAACAAAGCAAGAGUCAAGUUCGGAUAGAAAAUGGUAUCGUAAAGUGAUGGUGAUGAGCGACAGCUUCAAUCAACUAAAGCAAAACGUGAACAGAGGCACCGAAAGCACGGACAUUGUGAUGCGCAUGUGAGAGUGCCGAGGAGCGCAGGACACCAAGGCCCGAUUGGAUUGCUGUGAAGUGUGCGUGUGUGUGUGUGCGUGAGUGAGAUUGACCCGGGAAAGGAGCCGUUUUGGGGUAGGAUUGAACUGUGGCUCAAUAUAUUGUGAUUUGUGAUUGUUAUUGAUGGUUGUUGACGGGGGUGCGCGAGUGUGCCGUGAGAUUCGAAAUAGAGUUACGAAACGGGACAUGAAACUGGCAUCGAACUGGGUAUAGGGGGGGAGAAGGGGGUUGAGGGAAAAUGAAAAAUUUGUGAUAUUUUUGACAUAAAAAAACGGAACCAGACAAAUGCACUUGUAGCGAACAUGCAAAUAGAACAAACGGAACCAUGCAAUAGCCAUUAUUACAUUAGGAUGAAACAGGAUGAAAAGGAACACACAUACAAAACCAGGCAAAACAACAUACAAAAAAAUAGAAGCUGCAUUAAGGAGUGUGUACGGGGGGAGUGGUGUUGUUAAACAGCGACAGAACUAGGACAAAGAAACCAAGAGAAACUAUUAAUUACUACUACUGCUAGUACCAUUACGCACGUUGUCAGUUAGGAUUUUUGUUGAUAUUAGUUUAUGUGUUUAGUGCCGGAUAAAGGGGGUGUUGAGUUGGGGGGCUGAAUGUUCCCUGAGCCGUGAAUUAGUGCUCCUCGACGGUACUGCUGAUUGCUGUUAUCAUCGUCUCUGUUGAUUUCGAACACUGUUUUGUGCGCCUAUUCGCUAAACAAACAUGUAUGCUUCCUGUGUUUCUGAUUGUUUCGGAUUGUUUUCACCAACCAAAGCAUACAGCA